AUGAAGAACAGGACGCCGUCUUUAAGUGCGCGCCGAUUCCCAGAAGAAGAAGAGGAAGAUCGACUGGUCAGCCCGAGUUCAGGCCAGCUGACUGCCAACAAUUCAAAUCACGGCAAAGCGCGCGGACUGAGCGAUGCGUUGCAACACAUCUGCUUAGAGCCGUUGUGGCUUGACUUCUGUGGCUUCUGUGAUGACUUACAAAGGUGA